AUCUAAUAUGUCUGCCGCUAUACUAUUGCUUCAAUCAUGUAAACAUGCCUCUCGAAAAACUUCACGGUCUCUAUAUAGGGAAUUGUCCAGUAUAACUGGUAAUAGAAAAACAGAUAUAGUAAUCGAUACGUUAACAUUGGGUAGAGCAGAAAGAUGGCUGAAGAAAUAUGAGGAUUUCAUAGGUCUUACAGAAGUUCGUGAAGCCCAGAGAAAUGUCAUAGAGUUCGAAAAAGAUUUUCUUGAAUCGCAAACCGUUCGCAGAGAGCGCCAAGCAGAAUUAUCAAAAGUUCAAUCCCAAUUGAGAGAUAUAGGAUCAAAAUUGGAUAAAGUUCAGAGAGGAGAUGAAAGAUAUUUACAACUAUUAACGGAAGAGCAUAAAAUUAUCAAAGCUGAAAACGACUUAACUAAAAGAUUAGAAGCAGAUGAAAAGCUUGAGCGUCACUUGUUUGCAAACCUUUCUUCCGCUGUGAGAGAAUCUCAUGAAAAGGAACGAACAAGAACGGAAAGAACAAAGUAUUGGUCUAUUAUUGGGUCUUGUGUAGGAGCUCUGAUUGGUAUUUUAGGCACAACAAUAAAUAAUUAUCUAAGAAUGCGGCAGCUCAGAGAGUUGAUUAGUGAUUCCACUCAAGAUGGUGCAGAACUUAGAAAGGUCGUUUCAUCACUGUCAACGGCCAUAAAUACAGAGCAUGAGAAUAUGAAUAAAUUUGUAGGCGAUUUAAAAGAAGCAAUAGGCUCGGAGGAUAAACCGGCAUUACUAUUAUCCAACCAAUUCGAUUUCAAAGAUAGAGAGAAGCUUGAAGCGCAAACUCAACGAAUACUUAGUGCUGUGAAAAUGGAAGAAGAUGAAUUAAAGAGGCAUAUGGAAGAGAUUAAGUCAGCAUUAGCUAUAGGACAUAAAGGUGAAGGCUCUGUUGUUUACGUUGGACCAGACUUGCAGGAAAUACUUGAUGAGAACGAAAAAAAAAUAGAAGUACAAAUGAAAGUGAAUGCUUUAUGGACUGUAACGGCUAUAUAUGGUGCUGUAAUGUUAACAGCUCCUCUCCUAUUUUACUUCCUAAAGAACUCAUAGGCAAAUUAGCUUAAUAAAACUUUAUAAACCUAACGGUCUUUAAUAAGACCAGAACGGACAAAAAAUUGCAUGUUAUAAAAAUACACAACCUUCAUUGAGGAAAGUUAUAGAAAAUACAUUAAGAGUAUUAAU